CCCGAAUUGAAGCCAACAACUUUCCUUUUUUACUCUUGACUUGCACGACCCUGCAACAAUAGGCCGCAAGUCAACUUCCUCCCCACACAACGGCACCUAUAGAGGACUGAGAACGGGGAUAUUAUGUCCGGUUGGAGUGGGAUGCGAAGCCUGGUGUCAGGAAACCUGAGCAGAACUCUACGCCAUGAUAUCAGUGCUCGAUGGUCUGGACAGCAGAUGCGAAAUCUCCACCUUGAGCUCAAUGCCACAUCUCCGAUACCUUCUCCUCUGUCGCGAUGUCGACUGCGUCAAGCUCAACUACAAUUGAAAAAGGAUCAGAUCCGGACACACGUACGGGCGUUGGAGAUGGGUCGUCGCAAGUUUUCAACCACCUUGGGCCAAAGACACGGACACAUUGAUCCUCCCAAGCCCGGCGAAGAGCUACAUGUCACCUUUAUCGACAAAGAUGGAGAUCGACAUGACUUUGAGGUAUCCCAAGGGGACAACCUUUUGGACAUUGCCCAGGCGAAUGACUUGGAGAUGGAAGGUGCAUGCGGUGGCUCGUGUGCUUGUUCCACUUGCCACAUUAUAGUCGAGUCGGACGAAAUGUAUGAUAAGAUGGAAGAGCCCAGCGACGACGAGAACGACAUGCUGGACUUGGCCUUUGGCCUCACCGAGACGUCCCGCUUAGGUUGUCAGGUGGUAAUGUCUAAAGAGCUGGAUGGUCUUGUGGUCAAACUCCCCAAGAUGACCAGAAAUAUGCAGGCCAGUGAUUUCGGGAAUUGACCUGGACCUGGAACCUCCAAAAUCCAUCUAUCUACGUCCCUCCCCCACACACGUCUCCCAGCGUACAGUGUACUAUUAUAAGAGCCAGGCUCAGGCUUUCCUCCGGUUGUGUAUCAUCAUCUCGUUGAGGGAAUCUGUCACGGUUCUACCUGCGUUACAGAGGAAAGAAUCUCCACACCAAACACACACAUAUAUACAUACAAGACCAGAGAUUUAGAUCCAGGUUUAAUGUACCGCUGUCGUCGCGACGUCUUUCUUGCCUCCGAUCAAAUCCAGAAAUCCUUGUUUGCU